UCCAGCAACAACAACAGCAACAGCAACACUAACAACAGCAACAACAACAACUCCAACGGCGUCUCCUCAAAGUCGUUUGUGCCGUGCAAAGUGUGCGGUGACAAGGCCUCUGGCUACCAUUAUGGUGUAACCUCCUGCGAGGGUUGCAAGGGCUUUUUUCGUCGCAGCAUCCAGAAGCAGAUCGAGUACCGGUGCCUGAGGGACGGCAAGUGUCUGGUCAUACGGCUGAAUCGCAAUCGCUGCCAAUAUUGCCGCUUCAAGAAAUGCCUCUCCGCUGGCAUGAGCCGCGACUCUGUACGUUAUGGUCGCGUUCCCAAGCGAUCCCGUGAGCUGAACGGCGCUGGUUCCACCAACGCAGUAGGUUCUGGCGGAGCGAGCUCUACAUCUGCCUGCCCCUUGUUGGCCGGUGCGCCAUUAAAUGUGGAUGAAUCCACUGUCAAUAAUUUGCACACAAAUCAACUGCAGCAACAACAACAACAACAGCAACAAAUACAACAAUUACAGCAACAGCAACAGCCACUGACGCCGCAUGUGAACAGCGUCCGUGUGAAGACACCGAGUACACCACAAACGCCACAAAUGUGUUCGAUUGCCUCCUCGCCAUCGGAGCUGGGCGGUUGCAAUAGUGCCACCAACAACAACAAUAACAACAACAACAACGGCAGCAAUGCCAGCGGAGCCAGCGGCGUGGGAGUUGUAGUCGUCGGCGGACAUCAGCAAAUGGUGGGCGUGGGCAACGGCAUGGCCAGCGAGGUUGGUGGCCAUCAGGUGACCAUGUGCCAUGAUGGCAUGGCCGGCACGGCCAACGAGCUAACCGUCUACGAUGUGAUUGUGUGCGUCUCGCAGGCGCAUCGCCUCAACUGCUCCUACACGGAGGAGCUGACGCGGGAACUGAUGCGACGUCCAGUGACGGUGCCACAGAAUGGCAUUGCCACCACAGUAGCGGAGAGUCUGGAGUUUCAGAAGAUCUGGCUCUGGCAGCAAUUCUCGGCCAGGGUAACGCCCGGCGUUCAGCGGAUUGUGGAGUUUGCGAAACGCGUACCUGGCUUCUGUGAUUUCACCCAAGAUGACCAGCUGAUCCUGAUCAAACUGGGCUUCUUCGAGGUCUGGCUCACCCAUGUGGCGCGUCUCAUCAAUGACACGACACUGACGCUGGACGAUGGCGCCUAUCUGACACGCCAGCAGCUGGAGAUACUCUACGAUACGGACUUUGUCAAUGCCUUGCUGAACUUUGCCAAUACGCUGAAUGCCUACGGGCUGAGCGACACCGAGAUUGGCCUCUUCUCGGCCAUGGUGCUGCUGGCCUCGGACCGCACCGGACUCAGUGAGCCAAAGGUGAUUGGUCGGGCGCGGGAGCUGGUGGCCGAGGCGCUACGCGUACAGAUUCUGCGCUCUCGGGCCGGAUCCCCGCAGGCGCUGCAACUGAUGCCCGCCCUGGAGGCUAAGAUCCCCGAACUGCGCUCGCUGGGAGCCAAGCACUUCUCACAUCUAGACUGGCUGCGAAUGAACUGGACCAAGCUGCGACUGCCGCCCCUCUUUGCGGAGAUCUUCGACAUACCCAAGGCCGAUGAUGAGCUGUAGGGAGAGGGAGACCGAGACGCCCAGGGCCGUGCAAAGCAACCGCAACAAAUAUUCUACAACUUGUAGGCUUAAGAACUUAGCGUUAACAGAGGAUAGUGGAGGAAGAGCAGCAGCAUCCAACAUACGAGUAGUUGACUAAGCUUAAAGGCAAAUUAGCAAUGUUAAAGGCGGUCCCCUCCCCCCCCCCCCCCCCUCGCUACCCGCUCCACGCUGAACAUAUCCAUGCGCAAAACAUAAAUUAUUUAUUUCAUUGUUUCAAACAUCAUUCAACGCUAAGCUCCACUCUGAAACAUCAUCACAUCAUCCAAUACCCACCAUUCGGCGGCAACCUUCUCGAGAUCCCAUCCAAUCCCCCCGCUCUAAGCACUGACUGGAGGAUCUAUGCCACAAUCAACCAUUGGCCAGCUAUCCCAAGGCAUCUAUCUAUUAGAAACAGAAACUCGACUGAAGGGCAAGCGUUAAAGUUCGAUAAAAACUGGUUUUUUUUUUUAAGAAUCUUAAAUUACUAUUAAUCGGAUAUACCUAGAGUUAGAGAUAGUCUGAAAGCAAAAAGACCCAAUUUUGUUUUGCUUGAAUUGAGUUGAGGAAGGAUUCAACCGAUAAAUAAUAUCUACGAGUAAAUAUAUAGAAAUAAAUAACUUGAUGCAUAAUCUGAUAAAUCUGAUAAAUCUAUGCCUAUGAUGAUCGAUGCGUUUAUUGUAUCUGCGUGUAAAUAAAUCUAAAUUAAAUCUUAACAUUAACUUGCUGCGACUUGAUUAUUAUUUAUCCCCCGCCCCCCACGCCAGUCCCCGCCCACAAUCAGUUGCUCGAUGAUCUCUCCAGGCGUUAUAUCGGAUAGAUCGUCUACGGCAACAGCCUCCAUUGAAAGUGUUCAGUUAAUCACUUAAGAUCAAAAACUUUUGACAUACCUACGAUUAAGAUAACUUUGUAGUUUAAGUGCUUUAAGGCUUCGUUUUGUAUACUCUUGGAACAAUCAAAUUGUUUGAUCAAUUCUUGAAUAGAUUGGUGCUAAAUUUCGUGUGUUACGUUUACAUUGAAAAUCAAACUUGCAAAUCAGAAAUCAAUCAGAAAUAAACUAAAUAUAUUAUACACAUUAAAGCUAUCCAUAUAUCAAAUAUAUGUAUGUAAAGAACAAAUCAAAAAUAUGGAUUCUUCUCUCUAAAGCUCUCUCUGCAUUGAUUGUUGAAUUUAUAUAGAAACAUUUUGUACAUUUUAUUAGUGUGACAAAGAAAAUAUUUAAUGUAGAAGGUGGCCACGAUCCCAGCUGUGGCCGUGGCGACCAUUUUAUGCUCCAUGUGUACCUUUCGCUUAUUGAAUUAGAAAAUAUCGAAGAAUCAAUAUACUAUAUAGACAUACAUACAUGCAGAUAUAUAGACUCUAUUAUGACUUGCAAUAUCUUAGAAGACAAACCACUUAAUAGGCCAGCACACGCAGUCCCCUGCUUCGAUCCUGCAAUAAUGAUUUCAAACCCCAACAAAUCUCUGUGUUAAUUUUGUAAACCAGUGCGCAUAAUGGAACUUUGUGAAUGUAGCAUUAACAAGCAACAAACAGAACAAGAACAACAACA